CCCUCCAGGGUGCUGGGCUGGGCCUGAGUCACUUCCCGGGCAGCAUUCCGGGAAAGGCGGUGCAGGACCUGCAGUCACAAGGGACAGGUUCAGUCUGCAGUGCCCACUCUCCAGGCCUUCCCAGGCUGUGAUUCUUCCCCUGGAUAAGGAGCCAUCCAGGAAGGGGCUCCUUUCCGGGUUGACCUCCCAGAACCACGAGGAAUCCCAUCACUCUGAAAUCCUCAUGGCGGAGGAGGGGGCCAUCCUCACCAGGAACCUGAAAGCUGCUGUCUCAGCCAUCCUCCAGGGCUACGGGGCCCCGCAGCGGCCAGUGACAGAUGCCAGUGCUGAGCUGCACACACUCUGUGGCUGCCUGGAGCUGCUCCUGCAGUUUGACCAGAAAGAGCAGAAGAGCUUCCUGAGGCCGCAGAAGGAUUACUGGGACUUCCUCUGCGCCACCCUGUGGCGACAGCGGGGUAGCACGGAGCCGGCCCGCUUCAUCCUCACCCAGGACAAGUCAAAGACACCUCUGGCAAAAGGCCGUGCCUUCAUCCGCUUCUGCCUGGCCCAGGGACAGCUGGCCGAGUCCCUGCAGCUCUGCCUCCUGAACCCAGAGGUCACCAGGGACUGGUAUGGCCCCCGGAGCCCUCUGGUGUGCCCCGAGCUCCGGGAAGAGCUCCUGGACUCUCUCUACGCUCUCAAUGGGGUGGCCUUCGACCUGGACCUGCAGUGGCCGAACCUGGAUGAAGCCUGGCCCAUGUUCUCAGAGUCCUGUCACUCCAGUCCCAGACGGACCCAGGGAAGAAGACCCAAAAAGACCAAAGAUUCCCCAAAGCAGAUCCCAGCCACAUAUGGAGACCCCACAGGAGCCCAGCCAGAAGAGCCACACACUAGCCAAGCUGGUCUGCAAGCUGCGCCCAGGGAAGACGGGUUGGCUGGACUUCCCGGGGCCUGGCAACACAGGCAUCUUCCCUUCGUGGAAAAGAAAAGAGAAGAUCCCAAGAGCCUCAGGGCCCCACGGAGCACGUGGGAACCAGAGGGGAAGGAGCUUCAGCCAGCCCAGGAGAAGGGAGCCCCAAGAACUGGGGUCUGCCUGGAGAAUUCAACCCCCAGUUGCCAGGGACAGGGGGAAGGGACCAACAGAGCUGCUCCAAAGGAGGUGAUAGGGACAGAGGCUGAGGGAAGGGGGGUUCUGCCCUGUGCAGAGGGGACCCACAAUGGGGAAACAGAGUGGGGUCGUGUCCACAGACUGCUGGCCUCCAGCCCCACAGGGACAAUAGAGGACACAAUGUCAGGGAGCUGGCAAGAGUGGGAGGCGUCUAGCGGUCCGCGGAUGCCUAGGGUCCUACCGGACCUGGGAACAAAGGAAAACUCCACCCCAGAGAGACCGCAAGAGGAAAGAGGAGUGACCAGUGUGACCAGAAGGAAGGAGCCGGCAGAGGUGGCCUUGCAGGAUGUGGUCAAGAGCCUGAGACACGAGCUCCGGAAGACCAAGGAGCAGGCCCGGCACCAGGAGCAGCUGCUGAAGGAGCAGGAAGGGGAGCUGAAGACACUGCAGGAGCAGUUCAGCAGGUGUCAGGAGGAGAAGGCCCAGCUGCAGACGGAGCUUGAACAGAAGCAGCAGGAGGCUGAGAGGAGGAACGCCAUGUAUGAGGAGGAGCUCGGAGGGCAGCGGGACCUGGUCCACGCCAUGAAGAUGAGGGUGCUGGAGCUGAUUCAAGAGAAGGGUGAGCUGUGGCAGAAAGCCCAGCGGCCGUCUUCCACCGCCCCCGGAUGCUGUGUGGACUGCAAUAAGAUCUUUGGCCGACUGUCUCGGCGAUACCCGUGCAGGCUCUGCGGAGGCCUGGUUUGCCAUGCCUGCUCUGUGGAUUACAAGAAGAGAGAACACCGCUGCCCACCCUGCUCUGAGAAGGGAGAAGCUCAAUCCAGCUGACGGGCUCACCCAGGACGGGCCACCCACCCCACCCCGGUCACCUCCCUCCCCUCCACCCUUUCCAUCCCUCUUGUCUGACCAGUCCGGCCUUCUAGAAGUUGAUGACCUAAGACAGACAGCCCUUGUGCGCACCCUCAGUGUGAGAGCGGAAGCAGCCGGCUGGCUCGCAGGAGGCAGGAGUGAGGAGGCCUCCUGGAGCCCUGCAUCCCCCACCCAUGAGUGGGACAGCUUGACAAAGCCCACAGCUGUCCGUGCUUCUCCUGUCCGUGAGGGCGCCAGCCAUUCGCCUCCCUGAAGGCCCUCCAUGCUCAGAACAUCCUGGACCGAGAAGAAGACGCGUGGGCCCUGACAUUUCUGGGCAGCCCCACCUCGCCCAGCCCACUGCUCACCACACUCAGCAGUGUCCUGUCUGGAGUCGGCUUUGAAGGUCUGCUUUGGCUAGGUUUCAUUUUUUACAGCUUUCUUGAGAUCCUAUGGACGUUGAACACACUUCACACACAUUGCACACUGGAUGGGUUUUGACUUUAAUAUACACCCAUGAAACCAUCACCACAUUCACACUCAUGAACACAUCCAUCAGCCCCAGA